AUGAAUACGAUAAAUAAUGGAUCUGAUCAAAAUUCUGUUGACGGGGAUAUUAUAAAAAGUGAAAACAUUACUAUAACAACAUCAUCAUCAACAACAGAUAUUGCUAGAGUUCCAGAUAAAGAUUAUAUUAAAAUGUUUGUUGGGCAAAUUCCACGUGAAUGGAAUGAAAAUGAUUGUAGAAAAUUAUUUGAAGAAUUUGGAGAUGUUUAUCAAGUUAAUGUAUUAAGAGAUAAAUCUUCACAACAAAGUAGAGGAUGUUGUUUUGUAACAUAUUAUACCAGAGCUGAUGCACUAAAAGCACAAGGCUCUUUACAUAAUGUAAGAAAACUUCCUGGUAUGCAAUUUAAAGUUCAAAUGAAACCUGCUGAUGGUGAUAAUAGAAAUGAUCGCAAAAUAUUUGUUGGAAUGGUGCCAAAAUUUAUUGAAGCUGAUGAAAUUCGUGAACAUUUUACUAAAUUUGGCAUUAUUGAAGAUUGUUCUAUAUUAAAAGAUACAUGUGGUAAUAGUAGAGGAUGUUGUUUUGUUACGUUUAGCACUCGUGCUAGUGCCGCUGCGGCCAUCAAAGCCAUGAAUGGCGUUAAAUUGCAAGAGACAUGGCCAAAUUUGGUUGUAAAGUUUGCUGAUGUUCAAAAAGAUAAACAAAAAGGAACAAAAAGACCUGCUAGUAGAAAUACUAUUUCACCAAUUGAUAAUAAAAGAUUUAAUAAUACUAGUAAUCUUUUGAUAAAUAAUAUGGUUACUCAACAGCUUCUUCAAAAUCAAAUUCAAGCUAUUUGUCAACAAACAUUAUUAACAAGUCCAUUACUUGCACAAGCUCAACCAUUAUUAUUAUCACAGCAGGCAAAUUUACUUCAAAAUCAGUCAUCUUUAAAUCAAUCUAAUAAAGAUUCUAUAAGUCCACCAAUAAAGAAUUCAUCAAAUAUAUCAAGUAAUAAUUCUUUAAAUGCAUUAGCUAUGCUUCAACGUCAAAUUAAUCCACUUCUUUUAUCUGGUGCUAAUCAAUUACUUCUAGGAAUGCCACAACUAGGAAAUCUUUCAAAUUCAGCAAAUUAUGCUGGUGUAUUAAAUGCUUUAUCAGUACCAAAAAGUGAUGUUGCAGGAAGUACAAAUAAAGGUGAUGAUGGAUGUAAUCUUUUUAUAUAUCAUUUACCUCAAGAAUUUAAUGAUGAAAAUUUAGUUCAAAUUUUUUCUAAGUUUGGUAAUUUAGUUUCUGCUAAAGUAUUUGUUGAUAAGACAACUAAUUUAAGUAAAUGCUUUGGUUUUGUGUCAUAUAAUAAUCCAAUAUCUGCUCAAAAUGCUAUUCAAGCAAUGAAUGGUUUCCAAAUUGGUAAUAAAAAAUUGAAAGUUCAAUUAAAAAAAUCAAAAGGAAAUACUGGUCAACAUAACUCGCAGAAUAUGACUAUUAAUCAAGAAGCAAAUAUAGGAUAUUAA